AUGCCGACCAAAGACUUCCAGAGGGAUCUGAACGAAGCCAAAACCCCAGGUCAAUUCCCACAUCUCACUCGUGUCAGGGCCGGUGAAGGUGACGGAUCGAUUUCUUUUACUUACACAAACCCCGAAGAAGGGGACAGCUUUCACUUCGAAGCCAUCGUCGCUGGUACGUUUCCAUAUCCCCACGAUUACCCCUCCAGCCAUACCUUCUUUGUUUACUCCACCUCCGACAAUGUCCCUGCCGAGAUCACCAAAGCUGUCGACGAGAUUAUCCCUCAGUCGCAAGGCUUAUCAAUCCAUGAUGCACUGUCCACCUUGGACUGCGUUGUCUCAGGCGUAAUUCAGGGCUCUACCCCGCAAUCUUUCGGCGAUGUGGACGACGUCGAAAUCCCGAGUGACCAGGACUUUGAAGACGACUUGGAACCCACCGACUGGACAGAGGAUGAGGAUAGUUUCUUGUCCUCGACCCAAGGAUCUACCAAAUUUCAUGAGGCAAUCCGCCGUGACCUACGUGCCGUGAAGCUCGCCGGGUUCAAGGUAGGAUAUCAUGGCGAUCUCGCAGGCCUUAUCGUCGUGUCCGUGGCCAUGCGUAUCGCCAGAAUGGGUUUAUCGGACGAGGCCAUGACUGCAUGGAAUGUGCGGCCUGCCGAUUACUUAGUCCUUUUAAUCCGCUACGGCCGAUACCAGACCAUGGAGGAUCUGAGCCUGGGCGGUGAUUCGAAGAUACAGAUGCGGGUUGGACUAUGUGAUUCCUACAAACCUUCGCUCACGAGUACCAUCAGCGCUUUUCAAGAGAAGGUCAGCUAUAAUGACUUGCCGCCAAUGGAGGAAACCAAGGACCGCGGCCCACUCUUUCGCGAAUUGUUUAUUGGCGCGUCACUGGACAAGCUCCUUAAUGAGCGAUUCCUUCAUAUUGCAAGGCUUCGAUUGAGACACGGGUUCACCUGGACUGGAGCAGAGUUGUUUUUCCAAACUACUCAAGGGAAGUUUAUCGGCCCCGAUGACACCAGGUCGCCAGAAUUCGCCGUGAAGGAUAUCUGGAUCACGCCUGCUCCCAAUUUCCUGCAGGCAGAUCACUUGGCCGACAUGGGUUUAUCUCCAGCAAACAUCUCGUUCCCUCUCGUAGCCGAGCUGUUUCUUCUACGCCACUUUGUCAAGUGCACUGAGUUUUGUCUCGUUUGUCAUUGCAAGACCCAUGACGGGUUCGAGGCGCUGAAGCCUUACGUGUGCUCAAACGGGCUUUGCCUGUUUCAGUAUAUGACCCUGGGCAUGGGACCUAGCCUGGAAUACGAGAUCCGCACUCAGCCAUAUGUAGUGGAUAUGCUGAUUUCCUUGGCCUACGAAAGGGCCAAAUCUGGCCGCCUCUCGGACUUUCCGACUGGGCUUGGACUCAAUGUUCCUUGCGCGAGGGUGGCCGGCACACCAUGUCCUCCGCCUCUUGAUCGAACCGCUCUCUCACGAUUUUGCCCCCGGGUCAAGGAGGGCAACUGGAUUGCCAUUCUCAACCUGCCUAAGCCUGGAGGAGGAGAAAACACAGUCACAUGGCAUUGUCGAGUACAGCAGGUUUGGGAGACCUCUGGACACGUUGCUCUCUCACGCCCAGUCUGUCAUGGUGUGCAGCUGCAAGAAGGUGAGGGCAUCGAGAAGUACGCAAGUUCGAUACCGGUGGAGUAUGUCAUCUACGACAUGAACUUUGACAUGCUCCCGGCAGAAAAGAAACAAAGCACUAUCGUCAUGCUGCUAGACAAUCUGCCCAGUAUUGAUGCCAUGAAAAAUUUCCUGGGUCGUAACGAUUCGGGCAAGUUGCUUUCUUCCUGGUCCGACAUGAUAAACCCCGCUGCCUUGGAUCUGCUUCGAUGGAUCGUGGCCUCCAAUCGAUCCUGCAUCUUGCAGGAUGGCUCGCAAGAGAAUGACCUUGUGUCCGAAAUGAAGGGGUUUCUUCAGUUCCGAUUGGUUCAAGGGGCACCUGACAAAGAGCAACGGUUCAUGGAAGCCGUCAACCAGCAUGGCAAAACGGCGUACCCUACCAUUUUUGCAUGGCAUGGCAGUCCAUUGUACAACUGGCAUAGCAUUCUCCGACAAGGCCUGCACUUCAAAGAUGUUGCACAUGGGCGUUCUUAUGGGAAUGGGGUGUAUCUAUCGAAUCAAUACCAUACAUCGGUAGGUUAUGGAGGCCGCGCCCACGCUUCUGGUAGCUGGCCUCAAAGCAUGCUGAGAAUCCAGUCCAUGAUCUCCUUGAAUGAGAUUGUCAACAACCCGGCCAAAUUUGUAGCAACCACCCCGCAUUAUGUGGUUCAACAUCUUGAUUGGAUUCAACCCCGGUACCUUUUCGUGCAAGUGGUGAAAAUUCCUGCCUUCCUCGAAGUGGAUGAGCAGACUGAGCCACCUAUGCUCUAUGCACAGGAUCCCAAGUACGAAGUGCAUGGUCCUCAGGCACGAGCUAUCCAGAUCCCCAUGUCCGCUUUUAGCAGCAAGCGACGAGCGGCUCUGGCAGCAUCGCCCGGUAAAUCACCCAGAAAGAAGAAACGAAUUUCCACAGGCACGCCAAUAAACGUUGUUUAUUUUGAUGACACGGCGAGCGUUUCAACUGACGUUGAAGAUCUCAUGAUCCUUCUAUCUGAUGAUGAGCAUGAGAUGGGAAAUAUUUCUUCCAAGAAUAAGAAAGUCGCGACCGCUCCCAAAACCGACUUCAUUCCAGGGACAUUGAAAGAGGCAUCUUUGCCUCUCAUUUCACCACCUGCCUACGCGACUAGCUCGGCCACUGCGCUUCUUCAGCGACAUCUCCUGUCAACCCUCAAAAUCCAAGAUAAGGAGCCACUCGAUGAGCUGGGAUGGUAUGUGGAUUCAUCUCUGAUUAGAACGGUCUAUCAGUGGAUCGUGGAACUGCACACCUUCGAUCCAACCAUUCCCCUCGCAAAGGAUCUCAAAGCUGCCAACCUCACCAGCGUCGUCCUCGAAAUUCGCUUCCCACCAAAUUUCCCAAUGGAUCCCCCCUUUGUCCGCAUUAUCCGGCCAAGGUUCCUCGAGUUUGCCCACGGCGGUGGUGGCCACGUCACGGCUGGAGGGGCCAUAUGUAUGGAAUUGCUUACCAACUCGGGCUGGUCGGCCGUGGCCUCGAUUGAAAGCCUUUUGCUGCAGGUGCGCCUUGCGAUCAGUACCAAGGACCAUCCGGCACGACUGGCACAUGGUCGGAAUUAUGAUUACUCCGUUGGUGAGGCGGUUGCUGCUUACACUCGAGCUUGUAUGGCGCAUGGAUGGGCGAUCCCGAAGGAUAUGCAUGCGAUUUCAUGGCGAUGA